AUGUUCAAGUCCCUCCUCAAAAAGAAAAAGGAGCCGGAGUUAGUAAUCAGUGAACCAGUUGGGUUCUCACAUCCGUAUCAUGCCGUGUACCAAUCUGGAGAACUCACUGGGUUUCCUCCUGAGUGGAAUGCACAAUUAAAAGCUUCUGGGAUAACUAAAGAAGAGAUUAAAGAGAACCCUGAAGCAGUCCAUGACGUCAUUGACUUCCAAAUGAAAACGACUGCAGAGACGGAUAUCAAAGAGGAUGAUUCCAUGUGCUUUCAAAUCCAACCGUUACCGGAAGAGAAAGAAGUCGACUUAAAGAAAUUCAUUAAUAAGAGUGACCCAGACGAGUUGUAUGAAGGACUCGAGAAAGUGGGCGAAGGCGGGGUCGGCGAUGUGUUUAAAGCUACGCGAAAGUCAGACGGGUACCCCGUCGCGUUGAAACGGAUGCGAAUCACUAAGAAGAGUAAACGAGCUAUAUUGACCGAGGUGAGUACACUCAGUCAAUAUAAACACGACAACGUCGUCACAUACAUCGAGUGUUAUUUAAUUAAUGAAAUGCUGUGGUUAGUGAUGGAAUAUAUGGACGGCGGGUGUUUGACAGAUAUUAUCGAUCAUCACGACGAAAUGCCAAUUUCCCUCAAAUUGAUCGCUUUCGUCUGUGAUGAGACUUUAAAAGCUUUGACCUUCUUACACUCAAAUCAUUGUGUCCAUCGUGACAUCAAAUCUGACAAUAUAUUGUUAAAGAAAGAUGGUUCAGUAAAGUUGUCUGAUUUUGGCUAUGCGGCGCAGCUGACAAAACAAAAGAGUUGUCGUACAUCAAUAGUUGGAACUCCUUAUUGGAUGCCUCCUGAACUCAUUCGGAGCCAAAAAUAUGACGAGAAAGUCGAUGUGUGGUCGCUUGGGAUUAUGUGUAUGGAAAUGUCGGAUGGGAUGCCCCCUUAUAUGGAUUUUCCACCGAUGCGUGCGUUGUUCUUAAUUACAACUAAAGGAAUUCCACCGAUGAAAAACAGAGACAAACUUGAGCCGUCAUUUGUCACGUUUGUCGAGGAGUGUCUUGUCAUCAACCCACAACAGCGCAAAACGUCGUUUGAGAUGAUUAAAAGUCCAUUUCUUGAGAUCAAAGGAAGUAAAGCCGAAAUGGCGGAACUUAUCAAGGCCAUUGCUGCCCUUCCUUCACCUGCUGAUGACAUGUUGGAUGAUUAA